AUUGAAGAUAUAAUGGGGGCCUUGAAUGAGCUGGUUCGUUCUGGUAAAGUUAGAUACAUCGGUUGUAGCUCUUGUUAUACCUGGGAAUUCCAAAAGGCAAAUGCAGUUGCAGAGCGUCAUGGAUGGACUCGAUUUGUCAGCAUGCAAAAUUGUUACAACUUGCUCUAUAAUGAGGAAGAACGCGAAAUGUUCCCUUAUUGUUUAGAUAGUGGCAUCGCUUGUAUCCCUUGGUCUCCUCUUGCAUGUGGAUUAUUAACAGGAAAAUCUCGUCAGUCUGUUCGAUUAGAGAGCGAUCGUGGUAUUCAAUCCUUUUUCCUUACAAGGAGAUAA